AUGAACUUGAUUCCUGGAAGUUGAACUGCACAUCGAGCAUAUUUGGCAGCAGGACUGCGUUGCAUAUUGUUUAACCAUGGCGAGGACAGAUGCAUGUGCUUUUUUUAAGAAUCCAAGUCUAUUUUGGAUAGCAACAAUCGGUAUCUCUUUGGGAUAUUACACGUGUGUAGUGUUCUGGCCGGAGCAGAUGCCCUUUGACAUGCUCGGUCCCCUGGGAUCACUGUCCAAAUACCUGCUUGAAAAUCACUACCCUCUCAUAUAUUAUGGCUGGUGGAUGGCCUGGUUCGUACACAUAGCUGAAGCGUUCUACGGCCUGAAGGUCUGCAGUGAUAAGGGAGUGGACAGUCUGUCGGCUCGAGGCCUGUGGUUCCUGCAGACCUUCCUGUUUGGGUUCGCCUCUCUGGUCCUGCUGCUGAAGUACAGGCCUGACCCCCGACCAAAACGACACUGACCCCUGACCCAAACGGCACUGAGACCAAUCCUGGGGGCCCAAACCCUCUGACCAACCAACCGAGACCAACAAGAUCACCCUGAAUCCUCAACCAAUCCGUACCAACACCAACGAGCCAAGAAUCAAGACACGCUGAAACCUCAACCAAUUGCAACCAGUACUGCUGUGUGGCCAAUAAGCAUGCCGCACACACAAUCACUCCUACAAUCUCCACGAGCAGCCUUCUUUUUAAAUGGUCCAGACAGACACUUAUAUGGUAAAUGGUUGACAUUUAUAUAGCGCCUUUAUCCAAAGCGCUGUACAAUUGAUGCUUCUCAUUCACCCAUUCAUUUUAGUAGCCAUUCUUUAUUUACUGAUUGAGAGCUUGAAAGCUGAUUUGAAAAAUCUUUAAAAAAAAAAAAAUGUUUUAAUAGUAGCAAACAAAAAUAACACUAGUGUGGUGAUUGUGUGAAUUUUUGAUUUCUUUUUAUUUAAUGUUAAAAGAAUAUAUUUUUUUCAAUUCUUUUUUUAAAUUUUUUUUUUAGCUGUUUUGCUGAAUAAAGACUGGAUGCU